CCUGGCUGUCUCUGCUACGCUGCGGCGGUAAUGGCGGCGGUCGCCUCGUCAACUCCUCGCCGUUUUACGAAAAGGGAAGGUGUAGUUAGCUUAAUGGCUCCCCGUAUCGCUGACGUCUAUUGACGCGGUAACUUGCGUGCCAGUGACAGAGUUACACAUAUUUACUCAUUGAGACAAAAGCUCCAGCAUUCUGUGAAUCGCAGCGGGGAAAGUUACCGCGCCAAUCGCUCCGGAGCGCUUUGUAUUUUAUCGGUUUAAAAAUGUGUUAACAUCCGUUUCGCCCGAUUGUGAGCUGCCGUGAACUAGCGACGGCGGCUCGGACAUUCUAGCAGCGAUGACCCGAACGGAAACUUUACUUUGUGGCGUAAACGUUCGUCCUGGAUGGCGCGGACCGCUUAGCAGUCGGAGUGUAGCAUUUAACGCUAAAUCGUGCGGGAAAGAGUUCGUAAUGUGAAGUAUUGACUGUCGGGCCUAGCUAUGUUCCUUAACUCCGUGUUUGUUGCAUUAGCUCACACGAUGGAACCAAAUAGGAAGUUGAUUCGUGAUUAGCUUUAAGUCAAAUGUUACUAUGGAAGAAGUACAGCAGGGCAGCAAUGGCACUGAGACUGCCAUUUCCACUCUCCUCACAUCCUCUCAGUUCUCACAGAUAGCCCAACAGAUGUCGCUAGGUGGUUCUUCUGUGGCUGUUGUACAACUGCCAGGGGGUCAGUUUCAGGUGCAAGGAGUGAUCCAGACUGCACAGUCAUCAGUCAUUCAAUCCCCUCAGGUGCAGUCUGCACAGUCCCAGGGUUCAGACAGUGACGAUUCACAGGACUCAUCAGACAGCGGGGCAACAGCCCAACACACCAGAGAAAUACUGGCAAGGCGGCCCUCAUACAGAAAAAUCCUAAAUGAGCUUUCUUCUGAGGAAGUGUCACACAUUGAUGGAAAGGACAACAGCCCAGCAUCCACAGGAGUGACAGGUGUUUCACUACCCGGCACCCAAAUCUACCAGACCAGCGGCGGCCAGUACAUUACUAUAGCUCCAAAUGGCACAAUCCAGCUGGCGACUACAGGCACCGAAGGCCUUCAGGGAUUACAGACUGUCACCAUGGCCAACUCUGGUGUAGCCCAGCAAGGCACCACCAUCCUUCAAUAUGCCCAGACACCUGAUGGGCAGCAGAUACUGGUGCCCAGCAACCAGGUUGUUGUACAAGGUGCAGGAGGAGAGGUACAAACAUACCAGAUUCGCACAGCGUCCGCAUCCAGCUCCCUGCCUCAGACUGUAGUUAUGACCUCUCCUGUGGGAAUAUCUCACGGCAAGUCUGAUGAUCCCACAUUUAAGAGAGAAGUCAGGCUGGCAAAAAACAGAGAGGCAGCCCGUGAAUGUCGAAGGAAGAAAAAGGAAUAUGUUAAAUGCCUGGAAAACCGUGUCGCUGUUCUCGAGAACCAAAACAAGACCCUGAUAGAAGAACUGAAAACAUUAAAGGACCUUUAUUGUGUUAAAACGGGAUAACCUGUCUGAAUGCAGGUCAAGCAUUGAGAUGUGGCAGCACACAGCUCAGCCAUUCGGACAUGUUGGGGUUUCUGGGAACACUUCAUUUCAAGCUGAGAUCCUCCAGUUUUUUUUACUCUGUUUGAUACGAAAGUGACCUGUGAUCACAGUGAGAUAUACUCAACAAAAUGAAAAAUGAAAAAGAAAUUGGCCAUUUUUUCCACCUGCUGUUUUUUACUAAAUUUGCUAAUUCUAUAACAUUUAUAGUUGUGUACAUUUUUAAUACUGGGAGGUAUGAAAUCCUGAGCUUUAACUUUUAAGUCUCAGUUUCUAAAUGUAUCCCUUCCUUUUCUCUUGUGUUUUUAAAAUGUUACUGUUGGAUAUAUCUUUUUUCUUUUUAACAGCAUCUGCAGAGUAUUGCCUGUAUAAUUACUACACAGACACAAUUCCUGUUUUAUUUUAUGAACCAGCAAUUCCCUGUAUCUCUCCAUUACAAUUGUCAUUCCUUAUUUUGUGCAAUGGAAUAUCAAGGGUAACAGUAAUUUUGACGUCGAGUGUUGUUUGUUUGGUGGUUUCUUGGCAGUUACUUAGACAAUCAGGGAAAAAGCACAGUGUCCAGGUAAUAUUUAUUUUGUGCAUCUUGGGAGGGGUGGGGAAGAAGAACAAACUGUUUAUGAAAUGUUGCUGAUUCUGUAAGAAAAUAAAUAUAUUUUCACUCAAAA